GAAGGAGCAAACAUCAACAAAUCUCUGACCACAUUAGGAAAAGUGAUUUCAGCUUUGGCUGAAAUGCAGAGCAGUAAAAAGAGGAAAAGUGAUUUUAUUCCCUACAGAGACUCUGUUCUCACCUGGCUACUGAAGGAAAACCUGGGAGGAAACUCUCGCACAGCAAUGAUUGCUGCGCUAAGUCCUGCUGACAUCAACUACGAAGAAACACUGAGCACUCUGAGGUAUGCUGACCGUGCCAAACAGAUUCGCUGUAACGCUGUGAUCAAUGAAGAUCCAAACGCCAAACUGAUCCGAGAGCUGAAGGCUGAAGUGGAGCGACUGAGAAAUCUGCUGUUUUCUCAGGGCCUGCAGGAGCUGCUGGACAAUGCUGGGUCGGGCAGCAGGACGUGGACAUUAAACUGUCGGGUCAGUUCAUAAAGGAGAUUCACUGCGUUUUUGUCAGUGAGACCAACGAGCAGGGAGAAGUGGUGGUCACUCUGGAGCCGUUAGUCGGAGCAGAGACCUACGUUAAUGGGAAGCAGAUCACAGACGCCGUCAUAUUAAAACAAGGUAACCGCAUCGUCAUGGGGAAGAACCACGUGUUUCGAUUCAACCACCCGGAACAGGCGAGGCUGGAGAGGGAGCGCAGCGCCACGAUGGAGCAGCAGGAGGAGCCGGAGGACUGGAACUAUGCCCAGAAAGAGCUGCUGGAGAAACAAGGCAUCGACAUCAAGCUGGAGAUGGAGAAGAGACUGCAGGACGUGGAGACUCAGUACCGUAAAGAGAAGGAGGAGGCUGACUUGCUGCUGGAGCAACACCGACUGUACGCAGACAGCGACAGCGGGGACGACUCGGACAAACGAUCCUGUGAGGAAAGCUGGAGGCUCAUCUCCUCCCUGAGAGAGAAGCUGCCGGCCAAUAAGGAGAGGGAGAGCUGGAGGGCCGUGGCCCAGGACGUCUGCGACACUGUGGGCAUCGGAGAGGAGAGGAGCCCUGCCGCUGAAGAAGGAGGAGGAGGAGGUGGUGGUGGAGGAGGAGGAAGUGGUGGUAGUGGAGGAGGAGAGACAGUGGAAGGUGGAGAGAAGAGAGGCGUGUACGAUUUGAAGGCUCACAUCGAUAAGCUGACAGAUAUUUUGGAGGAGGUGAAGCUGCAGAACAACAUGAAGGACGAGGAGAUCAAAGCUCUGAGAGAUAGAAUGAUCAAGAUGGAGAGCAUCAUACCUGUUCAGGACGACGACAUGAAUGGCGAGGGAGGAGAAUCCCCUCAGAGAGAGAGAGACGGGGAUGUGGACGAAGACGACGACUGCCCCAACCACCCAGAGGUCAGAGUUCAGCGGCUGAUGGAUGAGGACCCGGCAUUCAGGAGAGGACGGCUCCGCUGGAUGAAAAAGGAGCAGCAGCGGCUCCUGAACCUGCAACAGCAGAACAUCACCAAGAAGCUGCGAGGACAGAACCAAAGCCAAGUCUGUGCCCUGACCCCAGCCCUUGCUCCUCCAACUCUUCCAGGUCAGAACACCCCCACUGUCCCGAUCCACCUCCCGGGAACCGGUCGCUUCAUCCCUCCCCAGGAGUGCAAGCUCAAGUUCCCCUUUAAGAGUAACCCUGCCCACCGGCUGUCCUGGGGACCCGCUAGCGCUGCCCUGCAAGCUCUGGGUCUGGUCGAGGGAGGAGGAGCAGGAACUGAUGCUGGUGAGCAGAAGGAGAACAGGGGAGGAGAAGCUACAGGUUCUCCCUCACCUCCGCCUCCCCCACAAGGUCAACUCCCUGGUCUCUUGCCCCUCCCCUUCCCAGCUCAGCCUCCUCGCAUGCGCACCCCCAGCCCUCAUCGUGCCUGGCAGCAGCGUAACCAGGGCAACCAGGGUGGCUACCACUACAACAACCAGGGCAACAACCAAAACCAGCAACGUCGUUACCGCCGAAACUCCCUGGACAGCUCGCCACAGGGCAACGGGAGCUACGACAAUGACCAGCACUUCAGCGGCGGUGGCAACGGUGGUCACCAGGGGCGACCAAGACAGAGGAGGGGGUUUUCCCCUGGGCCAGGGGGGGAGAGAGGAGGAGGAGGCAGAGGAGGAGGAGGCGGAGGCCGGGACCGGGACAGAGACAGAGACAGAGACGGAGGCUUCCCUUAUAAUCAACGCCAGCACCAUCAGUACCAUCACCACCAUCCCUACUACAACCCCCACAAUGCACCAUUCCAACCUGGACCUCACCCUCACCCCCAUUACCACAGCCUGCCGCGGUCAGGGGCCCCGGCCCUUCCUGCUGACAUGCUACUGGGCAUUGUGCCGCCGCCAGGGGUGUGGGCUUUCAACACUCCGCCCAGGAUGAGGCGGCAGUUCAGCGCACCGGACCUCAAAAACAACAACAACAAUAACAACAAGGAGACACCGAUCUGACCUCUGACCUCCUGAACACGGAGGCUCCUGAUUGACUGCGGGACAUGGGGUGAUCCUGAUGCUGUAGAGAAUCGGCUGAGAGUGUGGUUGUGUGUGCACGUGUGUGCAUUUGAGCACUUUUACACACCCUGUAUCCUUUGUCCUGCUGUGCGUGUGUUUGUGAAGCUUUUAGCUUAGCACAGGUGAGCUGUUAGCAAUGCUGACGUGCAAACAUUGAAUUUCAAUUUGUUUUAUUCUAUUUUAUGGAGUUUGUCAUUCUGUCAGACUUUGAUCACGUAAUGAUUUAGCUUUUUUUUUCUUUUUUAAAUUUCACCGAUGGCUGAUGUUCGGGCGUUGAUCACUGUGUUAACGAGGUGCCUUAAAGCCGACAUGUCUGCUGGUGAAGCUAAUUUUGUUUUAAAGAUAAAGGACGUCAGUUAGCAGGGUGGUGUUUUUGUGUUUGAUGAGGGGUUUUUUUAGCUUUUAGUGCUAGCAGGUGAAGAAUAGGUGAAAUUGUGAGCUUCGCCUAGCCUACGCUGCAUUCAAGUUCCAUGGGAAUUACAGAUUGUACAGCUUGUUAAACUCACUUCAACCCUCAAACUGAUGAUUAGGAAUUUAAUCAGAAACAGUAAACUUGUAUUUACAUCUUCUCCCAUGUGAUUUGAAUGCAGCAUCGCUGAGUGCUACAAACCAAAGAAAGCGGCUGUGCGGCACUUGCUAGUCAGGGUAAAAGCGUCAGUGCAGGAAUAAUAAGUGCCAAUGGGGCAUUUGCAAAAACAGCAAAACAAAAAUGGAGAAGUUGAGGGUGAGAACGGCGAGUGUAAAUGGGCCCCUGAGGAAGAAGAGGUGCAGAGAGGAGUAGUAGUAGGUGCUGCGCUUGUCUUACCUGUCAGAUGUUUGUUUUUAAGAGCUGUGUGUGUAUAUUUGAAGUGUUAAAUCUGAUUUUUAAACACGUGAAAUGUCCUGACGGUAGGUUCACCGUCUCUGGCAAUCGUGGGAAAUGCAAGUGAUGCGUAACACAUGAUGAUGUCCCAAGGUGGGAGUUGAUGUUGGAGCUCAGAGACAUAAUCAUGAAGGGAUGGAUUUGUUUAUGUAGGGCUAGAUAAGCAAGGAAUUCUGGGAGAUGUAUUGAGAAGGAGAAGGUUUUGAGGGAGAGAAGAAGCUGAUAUACAGUAAGCGUUUUGUUUUUGAAGAAGUAACAGACACUACAGCAUGUCAGGUGUGAUACAAGAUUCCUGCUGUAAGGAUGUGACACUUUUUACAUUAUAUCCAAUUCAAGAAGGAUGGGAAAAUUCACUGCUGCCUUCCUGGCACGUAGGGAUCCUGGAAAUUGUGGCCUCCACCUGUUUCAGGUUGCUUUUAAUUUCUUCUCUUUUUCAAACAUGACAUUUACACACACAUAUUUUUGCUGGUGUUGUGUUCACUUCACAUCUUUAAGAUAGGAAACAAAUUUCCAGCUUCCUACGUCACAGCGAACGCAGCGUUUUAUGUGCGUUUUAUUCGCACUGAAUUAAUGAAGACAAGUUUACUGCCAAGAGGGGCUGGGAGAGUUGGCGAUACUGCGCACACUCCACCCACUCAAAGCAGAGGAUUCUGGGAGUUAACAAGUGGAGCAACUAUGAGCUCUGUGGCUUUUAAGGCUUUUUUCA